AUGGUACACCCGGAUUCACGAGCCUUGAAAGGGUGCACAGCAGCAACAAACUACGGAACACUGCCCAUUCGUGCCUCCGUCACUACCGCCGAGAUGGGUGCCGUGCGAAGCAUCCACGACAGCGAACAUGGGUCCGCCGCGCCGCCGCCAAGCAAAGUAGCCUCAACUUUCCGAUCCGUGCCAUUCCAGAUCCUCGUGGCAUGCGGCGUCUCCUUUACGGCUCCGGGUAUGUGGGAUGCUCUCAACAACCUGGGAGCUGGCGGAGCGGCAGAGCCAUACGCGGUAUCUGCCGCCAAUGCGCUCGUCUAUGGCCUCUUCUUCCUGGUCUGCAUCGCCGCCGGAGCAAUCAACAACCGGAUCGGCCUGAAGUGGGGCUUGGCCCUGGGUAGUAUUGGAUAUCCAAUCUACGGCGCCGGUCUUUACGUGAACAGUACCUCGGCCGUCACCUGGUUCAUGUUAUUCGGCAGUGCCCUCUGUGGUAUCUCUGCCGGGUUCUUCUGGGCGGCCGAGGCGGCCAUCAUCAUCGGUUAUCCCAGCCCGAAGGACAGAGCGUUCUACCUUGCUAUAUGGCAAACGGCAAAGGCUGCUGGUCCUAUUGUGGGAGGAGCCAUCAACCUGGGCUUGAACGCGGAUAAGUCCAGUUCUGGCUCUGUCAGUCCAUCGACCUACAUCGCUUUUAUCGUUAUCAUGUGCUUGGGUCUGCCCAUCGCCAUACUCCUGAGUCCCGCGGAGAAGGUCUGGAGAAAAGACGGCACUCGUGUGGUGACCCAGCGGGAGCCGACGUUCGCAGCCGAGUUCAAGGCCGUAUGGGACCUGCUGAGAUCUCGCCGAAUCCUCCUUCUCCUGCCUGCCUUCUUCAUCAGCUACUUUUACAACGGCCUCCUCAGCACGUGGCUCACGACAUACUUCACCGUCCGAGCGCGCGCGUUCUCGUCCUUCUUCACCAACUUCGCCGGCAUCUUCAGCUCCUUCAUCAUCGCCUCGCUGCUCGACCGCCAGAGCAUCCACAUCAAGACCCGCGCCAAGAUCGCCUUCUCCGCCAUCGUCGUCGUCCUCUCGGGCACGUGGAUCUGGGCCAUCAUCCUGCAGAAGCAGUACUACGACGCGGACCCGACCCCCGUCCACGACUGGUUCACGGGCGGCUUCGGCGCCUCGUACGCGCUCGUCUUCUUCUGGCAGUUCGCGGGCCAGGCCUUCCAGCAGUUCCUGUACUGGCUCGUGGGCCAGUACACGACCGACCUGUCGUCGGUGUCGCGGCACACGGGCAUCCUCCGCGGGUUCGAGGCCCUCGGGCAGACUGUCGCGUGGGCGAUGCAGAGCGAGGCGAAAGUUAACCAUUUUGUCAGCAUUGGCAUCAAUUUUGGCGUGCUCCUGCUCAGCGUCGCGCCGACGUGGAUGGUGCUGUCCAAGCUGGAGAAGAGCCACGAGAUCACGCGCACGGCGGCGGACCUGAGCGCGGAGUCUUUCGGCGAGGAUGCCGCGGACGGGCCGGUCAAGCAGGGGGAUGGGAAAUAG